UUGUUUUAUUUUAGCCUAAUGAAUUUCAACUUAUCCUUCAGAACUAACUUCAGAUGUUUCUGCUCUCAGAAUGUCUUCCCAGCCCACAAGCCCUGCUUCUCUUUUAUUCUUUCCUAAUCCUCUGUAUCUUUUUUUAAAAAAGAUUUUAUUUAUUUAUUAUUUAUACAGUAUUCUGCCCCCAUGUGUGCCUGCAGGCCAGAAGAGGGCACCAGAUCUCAGAUGGUUGCGAGCCACCAUGUGGUUGCUGGGAAUUGAACUCAGGACCUCUGGAAGAACAGCCAGUGCUCUUAACCUCUGAGCCAUCUCUCCAGACAAAACCCUCUGUAUCUUAAGAGCACAAGAGGCUAUGUGGCUUGUCAAUAGCUGCCAUUUCUGCUGAAGUGUAAUCUUUCACAAGGAACUGUGCCCAUGUCAUUUUCCUGUGUUAUCUGUAGUACCAAAUAUAGUCUUCGAUACAUAAGUGCUCAGUAAGUAACCUUUGUCUAAUUGUACCAAAGGGAUGCCCUUAAUCAGAAGUUGAAUGUUGGCCUCUCACGGCUUCAAAAACCUCCCUUUAAAUUACCUCAGACACAGAGCCUAACAGGAAGUAUUUCUCAAAUUACUCAAGAGAAUCUUCUUCAAUUCUAUGUGUUUAGCUAUUCAUUAAUCUUAUGUACUGGCAAGGGUGUGGUUCAGAGAUAAGGAACUGAAAAGUCUUGUCUUGAGAGAAGGGCCACCCCCUUGAGCAGUUUUGUAAAGUUAAUGGGAAUGAUUCUAGGACUUUUCCAACUAGAAAGCAAUAAGAAGUGGGCGGGCACAACUGGUUUGCCAGGUUCUCUAACCUCCUGCUGAGCCGAAAGCCACUUGCUCUCUGGAAAAUGUCUAAGAUGAAGAACCCUCAGACUUUUGAGGAGCAAACAGAAUGCAUCAUGAAGGCUCUACUCGAGGACUUCUUGACCCCAACAUUGCAGGCUGCUAACAGGAGCCUACUGGAUGCAGACGAACCAGAGGAACCAUGUUCAGGAGAGGCUUGCUCUUUUGAUGUGGCUAUUAUUGCUGGCCGCCUUCGAAUGCUGGGGGACCAGUUCAAUGAAGAGCUGGAAGCAUCUGCCAAUAGUGUAAUUGCACAAGCCAUUCAAGGACAGGCAGACAUCCUCCAGGGCACAGUACAGUCGCUCAGCCAGGCCUGGUGUGAUCAGAAUCCCACCAUAGGUCUUGGAAGAGCCUUUCUGGCAGUGACAGUGAAACUUCUUCAGUAUGUGACCCGUAAGUCUCCUGAAGUGGCAGGAAAGGUGACUAGCUUCAUGAUCGCCAUGAUCAACGGGCACACAGACAUCCGAGAGUUCAUCCAGAGCCAGGGUGGAUGGGAAAAUGUGGAGAGCUGAAGAAGCGGGAUUGUU